GAUUUUAGAGAGAGAAAAAAAAGGGGGUGUGUGUGCGUUUCCGCGUAGAGAGAUGAGAUCAAUGAGACUAACAGGACUGUUCAGCAGAAGAAAAGAAUGAGAAAGAGAGAGAGGGAGAGUUUCUCUUUGCUUUCAUUUUCUGAAAUCUGAAACGAAAACCAUACUAAAAAGAAACCAUUUCUUUCUUUUCUUUUUCUUAUCUUUAUUUCAAUCAAAGAUCGAUUCACACCUUACUUUCACACCAACCCUCGAUAUAAAUCUUUCAUCUUCUCUCUCUACCCAUCUUUUUCCUUUCCAUUGAUCUCUAACUUUUUUCUGUUGGGGUUUUUUUUUUUUUUCCAAUUCAAAUUCUCUCUAUAUAUCUAUCUGUCUUUGAACUCUUCAAUGGAGGGUAGUUAUCAUCAUCAUCAACAACAACAUCCUCAACAUCCUCAUCAAAUCAGUGUGAACAUCGACACAGGUGAUAGGUUCCCUCAAUGGAGUAUUCAGGAGACAAGGGACUUUUUGACGAUUCGAGCCGAGCUCGAUCCAACGUUCAUGGAGACCAAGCGAAACAAGCUUCUCUGGGAGGUGAUCGCAACGAAAAUGAAGGAGAAGGGUUACAAUCGUAGCGCCGAGCAGUGCAAAUGCAAAUGGAAAAACCUCGUCACUCGAUAUAAGGGAUGUGAAACUAUGGAGCCAGAAGGUAUGAGGCAGCAGUUUCCAUUUUACAACGAGUUGCAGACGAUUUUCGCAGCAAGGAUGCAGCGAAUGCUAUGGAUCGAGGCAGAGGGAGGAGGAGGAGGAGCAAGCGGGUCGAAGAAGAAAGGGGUAUCGUCAGACGAUGAUGAUGACAACGAGGAGAGUGAAGGAGAGAAGGGUGGAAGCAAGAAGAAGAGAAAGGUAGCCAAGGGUGGCCCAACCAACAACCCUAGUAGUAGUGGGAAUAUCAAUGGUUUGAAGGAGGUUAUGGAGGAAUUCAUGAAACAACAGAUGCAAAUGGAGAUGCAAUGGAUAAAACUGUAUGAAGCAAGAGAGGAGGAGAGGAGGAUGAAGGAGAUGGAGUGGAGGCAAACCAUGGAGUCAUUGGAAAAUGAGAGGUUGAUCAUGGAUAGGAGGAUGAGAGAGAGAGAGGAACAAAGGAGGGUGAGAGAGGAAGCUAGGGCUGAGAAGAGGGAUGCUCUUAUAACUACACUUCUAAACAAGUAUAGAAGAGAAGACAUGUAGUCACUACUCAAAACUUAGCUAGCAAGCUCUCUUUGUUUAUUUUCUUGUAUUUGAUGAGGAGGAAGAGGAAAGCUAUGAAAGGUUUGUCUUGGAACAAAACUCUCUCAUUUAGAACAUGUUUUUGGUUUUAUGGUUAGUUAUUAGACUUUGAAAGAGUUAUAAAAUCCUCCAUUUCUUCA